CUGAUUCCUAACCCACACUAGUAUAAAAAAUACAUAAAAUUAUUUAACCGGCAUAAUUUUGCAUAAUUGUAUGAAAACAUCAACAACAAUGAGAUGUUUAAUAAAUAAAUACAUUAAAAAAAUAUUAAAACUACAAAUUGAGCCAAUAAAAUCAUCAAGAUAUUUAUUUUCAUCACAAAUAUUAAAUGACAAUGUAAAAAAUAUUGACUCAUCACGUUCAUCAAAACAUUUAUAUGCAAAAAUAAAAUCAUGUGGACCAAUAUCAGUAGCAGAUUACAUGAGAGAAGCAUUAACUCAUCCAACCCAAGGAUACUACAUGAAACGUGAUGUAUUUGGUAGCAAGGGUGAUUUUAUAACAUCACCAGAAAUAUCACAAUUAUUUGGUGAAAUGAUUGGUAUAUGGGUUUUUAGUGAAUGGAAAAAAAUAACAAAUAAUAAUUUUCAACUUGUUGAACUUGGUCCUGGUCGUGGUACACUGAGUAAAAGUAUUUUAAAAAUUUUUAAUCAAUUAAAAGUUGCUGAUAAAAUGACAAUUCAUCUUGUUGAAAUAAGUCCAGCAUUAUCUGAAAUACAAGCUAAUAAUUUAUGUAUUACAUCAAAAAAAAAUACACAAUUUGGUGUUGAUUGUAAUAAUAUUGGACAUUAUCAAGAGGGUAUUACUGAUAAUGGUGUUAAAGUAUUUUGGUAUCAAUCAAUUGAACAUAUACCUAAAAAAUUUAGUAUAUUUAUUGCUCAUGAAUUUUUUGAUGCAUUACCAAUUCAUAAAUUUCAAAAAAAUAAAAAUACAUGGAGUGAAAUAUUUGUUGAUAUUGAUAAAAAUAUUGAUAAUAAAUUUCGUUUUGUUUUAAGUAAAACACCAACAUUAUCUAGUCGUGUAUUUAUAUCUGAUGAUGAAAAAAGAGAUCAUGUUGAAAUUAGUCCACAAAGUAUGAUUAUCAUUGAAUAUAUGGCAAAUUUUUUGUAUAAUUAUGGUGGUUUUAGUUUGAUAGCUGAUUAUGGACAUAAUGGUGAAAAAACAGAUACAUUUAGAGCAUUUAAAAAUCAUCAACAACAAGAUCCAUUGUUAAAUCCUGGCACAGCUGAUUUAACAGCUGAUGUUGAUUUUUCAAUGAUUAAAAAUACAGCUAUUAAAAAUAAUAAAACAAUUGUAUUUGGUCCAGUUAAUCAACGUGAUUUUUUAUUACAAAUGGGUAUUGAUAUUAGAUUAAAAAUUUUAAUGGAUAAAAUUAAUGAUGAAGAAAAAAGUGAAUUAAAAUCUGGCUAUCAUAUGAUUAUUGAUGAUGAUAAAAUGGGUAAAUGUUUUAAAUUAUUAGCUAUGUUUCCAUCAAUAUUAGCUGAACAUUUAAAAAAAUGGCCAGUUGCUGGAUUUUUAAAUGAUAAUUGUAAAUAG